UUAGCUAUUCUUCCCUGCUCACUACACGCCGGCGCGCUCGUGAAUCCAAAAUUCCUCGGUCUCACGUGCUUUUUGUAUAUAAAAGCUCUCUGUUCCCCUCAUCAUGGCUAGUGUUUCACCAGAUAAACGACGAAAGAUGGAGUCCGCGUUGGAACAGCUGAAAAAAUACACCGUGGUUGUGGCGGACACCGGAGACUUCAAUGCAAUUGAAGAAUACAAGCCCCAGGAUGCCACCACCAACCCCUCCCUCAUCCUCGCGGCCACAAAGAUGCCCGCCUACCAGCAUCUGCUCGACCAGGCUAUUAAAUACGGCAUUGCCAAGGGCGGAACUGAGGAAGAGCAGGUGACCAGCACCAUGGACAAGCUGUUUGUAAGCUUUGGCCUGGAGAUCCUCAAGAAGAUCCCAGGAAGGGUCUCCACGGAGGUGGAUGCCAGGCUUUCAUAUGAUAAGGAUGAGAUGGUGGCCCGUGCUUUGAGAAUCAUUGCCCUGUAUGAAGAGGCUGGUAUCGACAAGGACCGUGUGCUCAUCAAGCUCUCCUCAACAUGGGAAGGCAUUCAGGCUGGCAGGGAGCUGGAGGAGAAGCAUGGGGUCCACUGCAACAUGACCCUGCUGUUCUCCUUCGCCCAGGCAGUCGCCUGUGCAGAGGCCAAAGUCACCCUCAUCUCCCCCUUUGUUGGUCGCAUCAUGGACUGGUACAAGGAGAACACUGCCCAGAAGAGCUACGAGCCCCACGAGGACCCAGGUGUGCUGAGUGUCACCAAGAUCUACAACUACUACAAGAAGUAUGACUACGCCACGGUGGUGAUGGGAGCCUCCUUCAGGAACAUUGGGGAGGUGAAGGCCCUGGCUGGCUGUGACCUGCUGACCAUCUCCCCUGGCCUGCUGGGAGAGCUGAAACAAGACCACAGCACCGUGACACCCCUUCUCACAGUGCAGAAAGCCAAGUCCUGUGAUCUGGAAAAGAUCCACCUGGAUGAGAAGGACUUUCGAUGGCAACACAAUGAAGAUCGUAUGGCUGUGGAGAAACUCUCUGAUGGCAUCCGCAAGUUUGCCGCCGACGCCAUCAAGCUGGAGACCAUGAUCAAGGAGAAAAUGCUCAACGUAAAGAAUGGUCAAUAAACGAUUCGACAUCCAUCCCUCAAAGACUAAAGGGUGAUGCGGCACUUACCGUUCAGCACCCAGUGGACCAAACUCGCCCCGUUUCCCUAACCUCACUUCAGAACCCACUCAACCCCAAAAACAGAGAGCCUCACCAUUAAAGGCUUUGACUCUUAUAGCAUUUGCUCUGACCAUAUUCAAUGCAGAGAUAGAUUUCCAUUUGUGAAUCCAGCACUGAUGCAAUGUAUUAUUAUUAUUUUUUUAAAUGUUACAACUGCUAGCCUCACUAAAGAUUUGGUAAGAGGAAAGAACAUUGCGGUCAAGCUUGAUCCGGCCUUGGGUGAUAGUGUCCUGUGACAAGCAGAGGACUAAUAGCAUUUCUGGGAACCUGGGACCUCAGUGUUUUGGGUGGUGUUCUUCUACAAUGUAUUACUCACUCCUUAGCCUAUUUGGGCUUACAUAUAAACAACUAAAACUGUAACAGUUAUGAACAAUCCUGAGGAAAUGAAUGGAACAUUAUGAUUUUUACCAAUUAAAUUAUUUCCUCUGUGUUGACCUUUUUUGUUUUAAUUUGUAUCUGUGUCUAAUAAAGGUUUUUCCUCCAA